AUGAUUGAUGAAGAGAGCUUAUUUGAUUCUGAGGAGGAAGAUGAUGACGACAAAUUGAAGGACUAUCUUGGAGAUAAGAAGUGUCAUUUUCGCAGAGAAUUUCGCACUAUGAUUUUUGGUUAUGGCGAUGAUAAGGUGCCCUACGACAAAACACUGGAACUUUUGGAAACAAUUGUGACAAAUUACAUAAAAAGUAUGUGUCAACGUGCUGCUCAGAUGGGAAAACCGGACAGAUUAACACUUGAAGAUAUACAUUACUUGAUCCGACGAGAUGUGAAAAAAUUCGGACGUGUUAAGGAUUUAUUGUCGAUGAGUGAAGAGUUGAAAAAAGCUAGGAAGCAGUUUACGAAUCCACCUCAACCGUAA